UCUAUUAUACAGAUCAUCUCAUCGUACUCCUCGUCUUCCUCGAAAUUCUCUGCCUCAUCUCCUGUUGCUGUUCAGGUUUUUUCCUUUUAAUUUGGAAAUAAAUGGAAAAGACAUAUGUGCCCCCUUAAAAAGUGACUGUUCACAGCCAGUGGCUGCCACUGCAACACAGAAAAACUCAACCCCUAAGCCGCACUCUCUUCUUCCUCAUCUCUCAUCUCUCCAAGCGUCUUCUGUCUCUCUGUCUCUCUGUCUCUCUGUCUCGUCUUCUCUUUCGGUCGGUAAUCAAGUACUCAGGUUGAAGAAAAUGGAUUGCGCAUUCUUGGGUAUAAAUCCCAUUUUGUUCCAAGAAAGUUUUGCAGGAAAUGGGAAUGGAAAUGGUAGGGUGUCUCUGAUGGCGCGUUCUAAUUCUAGUACAAGGAGAAGACUUCCCAGCAACCUUCGCUACCCGCGGCGCACCAAACUUCCUCCGGAUUUUGGAAUCAAUCACUUGUUGAAGAACACCACAGAACCAUCAUCUCAAACGGAAUUUAAGGAAGCAGAAGCAGAAGAAGAUGGCGAAGAUAUUGCUUGGGAGGCAGAUGAGAUUGAAGCUAUUUCAUCACUUUUCCAAGGGAGGAUACCCCAAAAGCCUGGAAAGUUGGAUAGACAAAGGCCUCUCCCCCUCCCACUUCCUUACAAGCUUCGACCUUUGGGACUUCCUAGGCCGAAGAAACAUGUCAAGAUGGCACCCAUUUGUGACCAAGUCUACAAGAAUCCCAAUGCGCUUGUUGGUUUAGCAAGGGAAAUUAGAAGCCUUGGGGUAGAUGAAGAUGUGGGACUAAUUCUCAACAAGUGGGUUCCCUUUCUUAGAAAAGGGUCUCUCUCCAUGACAAUUAGGGAAUUGGGUCACAUGGGUCUCCCUGACAGAGCUCUGCAGACCUUCUCUUGGGCUCAGAAACAGCCUCACCUCUUCCCGGAUGACCGGCUUUUGGCUUCCGCUGUUGAGGUCCUGGCAAGAAACCAUGAGCUUAAACUGCCAUUCAAUUUGGACAAAUUCACAAGUUUGGCAAGUCGUGGUGUGAUUGAGGCAAUGGCAAGAGGGUUCAUCAAAGGGGGAAGCUUGCAUCUUGCUUGGAAGCUUAUAUUCAUAGCUAAGAAUAGUGGAAGAAAGUUGGAUACGAGCGUAUAUGCCAAGCUAAUACUGGAGCUUGGGAAGAACCCGGAUAAGCGCAGGCUUAUAGGGACCUUACUGGACGAGCUUGGGAAAAGAGAAGACCUGAAUUUAACCCAGCAGGAUUGUACUGCUAUUAUGAAAGUGUGCAUUAGGCUUGGAAAAUUUGAAGUUGUGGAGAGUGUUUAUGACUGGUUUAGACAAUCUGGGCAUGAUCCAAGUGUUGUUAUGUACACAACUCUGAUUCAUAGCCGCUAUUCAGAGAAGAAAUACAGGGAGGCCUUGGCUGUGGUUUGGGAAAUGGAGGCUUCAAACUGUCCCUUUGAUUUUCCAGCUUAUCGUGUGGCAAUAAAGCUUUUUGUUGCUCUGAAUGAUCUUCCAAGGGCUGUAAGAUAUAUUUCCAAGCUUAAGGAAGCAGGUUUCUCUCCGACAUAUGAUGUGUACCGGGACUUGAUUAAAAUGUACAUGGUUUCUGGGAGGCUGGCAAAGUGUAGGGAUGUAUGCAAGGAGGUAGACAUAGCAGGAUUCAAGUUAGAUAAAGAAACAAUGUCACAGUUGUUGCAAUUAGAAAGUGAGAAAAGGUUAAGUUUUUAAAAUCCGAACUUCUCUGUUGUAAGCUGUAAUUACUAAUGCCCUCAUGUAGAAGUUCUUUCUGCCCAUCUUGUUUGGGUUAUUUUUGCAUAUGCACGCUUCUCUUAUCUUUAUGGUCAUCUUCACAUAAGUUUCACAAAGCCAUCAGGGGCAUCCUUGCUUGCUCUUCGCAUUUCAUUCUCAUUUUGUAUUCUUGAUGACUAAUGGAAGUGCAUCUGUACUGUAGAUAAACUGCAGUGUGUUUUAUUUUAUUAUUUGUCCCUAGCUUUGCACAGCAUCCAGACAAUGCAUACAUACAAGUAAAAGAAGUGAGCACUCUCUAACAUGAUCGUCUUCUUUGAGUUAUUCCACAUAUUUGGUUUCUGCAUUAUUUUUUGUUGUUUUGAUAUUAGUGAAUACCAUCAGAAGCAAGACUUCAAAUCCCGUCUCCCCUUUUGAACUGAGUGAAGGUGGAGAAGUGAAUAAUGCUGAAAAUUCCGAGUCUCACGAUGAGGAUGGGAUUUCCGAGCCAUACGUGGGUAUGGACUUUAAUUCUGAAGAGGCUGCCAAGACUUUCUAUGAUGAAUACGCCAGACGUUCGGGUUUUAGCCCCAAAGUUGGUCAAUCUAGUCGUUCUAAACCUGAUGGGCAACCAGUGGUCAGGAAUUUUUAUGUGGCAGAGAGGGUUUGAAAAGAAGGAAUGCUUAGGAUAUAGUUAAAGGGUCAAGACAAGUGGGUUUCAACGAAAUUUGUGAAGUAGCUUAGUCAUGCCUUGGUGAAUUACAUGCCCAAGACUCCCUAACUUUAUGGUACAACAACCUAUGUUGAGAAGCCAUCAAAUACGCAGAGGAUGGAGCAACCACUACCGAAACUUUUAUUGCAGCAAUGACUGCUAUUAGAGGUGGUGGGAAGAAGGUUUCUGUUGUUAAGAAAAAUGUAGCUAAAGUUGCGACUCGUAGCUCUCAGGUUACUGUGACUGGCUAUGAUGACAGGAAGAACACGACAUCAACGUCCGAUAUGACCUCUUUGUUGUGGCCACGCCAAGAUAAAGUAAUGAAGUGAUUUAAUCUGAAUUAUGCUGGUGCACCUGCUCAAACCGUUUCUGACUUGAAUUUUCCAAGAAUGGCCCCGGUAUCUCUUCAUUGGAAUGAUGGUACUCCUGAGAAUGUGGUUGUACUUCCUUGUCUAAAGUCAAUGACUUGGGCUAUGGAAAAUAAGAACUCAGCACCAGGAAAUAGAGCCUGAAGGUAUGCAUCUGAAGAAGUGAAAUAAUAGUUGUGACAUUUUGUAUCAUCAAAUUAGCUCAAGUUGGUGGUGUUGUAUUUGAUAAUGAGAGCCUGGAUCCCUGAGUCCAUAAUUAAAAUAUUUUAUAUUUUUAGAGUUUGUUCUAGGGUUUUUGUUCUUCUUCUAGAUAUCUGAUUAUUGUAGCACUUAAUUGUGACCUGUCUCAUUGUUCUAGUGGAAUACUCUGAUUUGCACUCUCAAACUUGUUUCGAAACCUUUUCCUUCUAUUAAUCUCGAUUCUAGCACUACCAAAAGUCUUUAAAAUUGCUGCCUACCCCUGACUUGUGGGAUUCUCCCCACAAUUAAGAUUAAAUAGCCCAACAUUUAGAAUUCAUGGUAUAUUGAGAGGUUACAGUUGCAAGGAAACAUUGAUACUAUGAUAAGCUUAAUGCUUAUUAAAUAAAUCUGUGAAGAUGCGGGCUAACGGAUUGUUUAUGUUGUAACUUUUCAAUCUUUAGUUCGCAAAUGAAACUAACCCUCUUAAGUUUUAGAACUUUAACGCUUUGAGCCCACAUAUGUUGACCAUUUUGUUAUUAUUUUUUAUAUAACUAUUUUGGAUAGAAAAGUGAUAAUGUUCUGUUGUAUUUUUCAUGUUCUGAAGGUUCUGCUGUAUAUCUAUCUGUUCACAACAUUCUUCUGUGUGAGCAUGAUUGCUGUAUGUGUUGGUGCAGAUGACAGUUUACACUUGAUCUUUGAACUGUAGGUAAGUUCAAUUGUUGACAAGUUAUUAACUUAUGCUCCGUCCUUUUGCACAUUUGUUUAUAACAGUCCUCUUUGUGAGCGUAUUUGUGAUGGUUUGUUAGGGCAGAUGAUGGUUUACACUUGAUCUCUGAACUUCAGGUAAGUUCAAUUGUUGACAAGUUAUUAACUGAUGCUCUAUGGUUUGAACGUUUGCUCAUACCAAUGCUCUGUGUGAGCAUGAGGUUGUCUUUGUGCUUGUUUUUGUUGGUGCAAAUGAUGAUUUACACUUGAUCUCUGAACUUCAGGUAAGUUCUAGUGUUGACAAGUUAUUAACUGAUGCUCUAUCCGUUGCACAUCUGUUCAUAACAAUCCUAUGUAUGCGCAUUUGCACCAGCAUGUGUUGGUGCAAAGGAUGAUAUUUCUUGUGUGUGUGUUUUUUGUUUUUCGUUGUGGGGUGGGAGGUGUUGAUUGUGCAACUAAUUGAGUAUAUUACGAUUUGUGAUCAAUUAUUAUGUUUGAAUGAUAAUCAUUAUCUUCUUAAACUAUUUUUGAAUUAUUUUAAUUACAAUAGUUCAGGUACCGAAAAGCUUCAACUCGCCUUACACCUUUCGCUUUGAAAGCAUUGUUGCUAUCAGUCAUUUAUAAUCGUCAAAGGUGAACACUGGCUCAUCUCAUUCUUCAUGAUUCUUGGCACUAUGGCCUUCACAACCACCAUUUUUAUGGUUCUUGUUCUUGAUUAUUUCUAUAUGGGUUUGAAGCCUUCCAAAGUGAGGUUGAGUUUUAAUGGUGAAUCUUUUGGUUACCGCCUUCAC